GCGACAGCUAGUGUCAGUGUCGCGAAGUAGAGCUAUUUUUUUCCGCAAGUGGUUCAGUUCAGUGUCCCAGUCUGAGUGUCGUCACCUCGUCACGUCUUGUCACGCACAAUCAGUGUUUAUCAGAAUUCAUAUUUUGCAAGUAAAACCGCAAAAAACAGCUAUAUUUCUCACUAUGGCCUAUCAACCUUCGUCUUCUAAAUUUUCGGACGUCGACGACGACGCAUUUCUACGGCACUCGAAGAGCGGGUCAUCUGGCUACAUGUUCCAGUCUGACAGUCUGUCCAGGGAGCAACAAGACCUAGAGGACAGAAGGCUGCAGCUGCUGGAGAAGCGGAGGCAAAUCGAGCAAAGGACAGUUGAGUCAUCCAACAGAUCCAUCGGACUUCUCAGAGACUCGGAGCAGAUCGGAGUUGCGACCGCAGAGGAGCUUGUGAGGCAGCGAGAGCAGCUGGAGAGAACUGAGUCAAGGCUGGACGAGAUAAACAACACUCUACGCUUCAGUCAGAAACAUAUCAAUGGAAUAAAGAGCGUUUUUGGGAGCUUGAAAAAUUACAUCAGUGGUAGAGGGGCCAAUGCAAAUAAUGCGAAUGCUUCCACGUCACAGCGCCCUGCGGAGGUGUCAAGAGAAACAACCGCCCUGGCAAGUCGGUUGCAGGAGAUGAAGCCUGAGAGCCCCAAUGAUGACCAUCCUGCCCUGCGGAUCCGAGGUCUUACUGAAGAAAGAACUUCCUCAGGUUCUUCUGGCAUUAGAGACGCCAAUCGGGUGCUUGACGAUAAUUUAGACGAAAUGUGUUCUGGACUCGCACGUCUCAAAGGUCUGGCCAGUGGUCUGAAUGAAGAGAUUGUCGGCCAGAACGAGAUGCUGGACCGAAUAACCACCAAGACCGAGAAGGCCGACACCACGAUCGACCAUCAAAACCGCGAUAUGAGACGCAUCUUGAAGAAGUGAACGCUCUCUCACCUUGUCCAUUCAUUGUCGGCACCCACUUUGGUUUUUACAUUGAUUCUCGCUACUGAAACGUGCUAUGGGAAAUACUCUCGUGAUUCGUGAUAAAAAAAAAUACUGAUAUUCAUGGAUACUUUACGUUAAGUUUAUUCCAAGCUAUUAUAUUUGCUGCGAAAGGAAAUAUUGUUGGUAAUUUUUGAACACAUGCAAGUGCGCCUCAAUUAUUUAGAUUGUACACAACCUUUGCAAUAAUGUUAUUCUCUCUUAUCUCAACAAUGCCAAUGUGAUAGGCUUGUAUUAUUUAGUUUUCAUCAGAAUGUCAUCAUCUCGGGUUUGAAUUAUUUUCUGGGACCAUGACCGUGUUUCGUCUCAUUAAAAUAAAGUUUAUAUUUCAUGAGA